AUGGCACUUAGAAACCACAAGGAAUCAGCUUCUGAGUCCGAAUCAAAACAACCCAGUAAUUCUAGAGCUUCAAAUAAAGCCAGAAAUGCUGCAGCACAGGCGGCCCAACAAGAAUUUUUAUUAAAGCAUAUAAACUCAAAUGGACCCCAUGACAGACCUAAACCGCAUCCGUUGGAUUUUAAUUCAUUCAGCGAAGAAACGCUCGAGAAAUACAACAAAAAGUACGGAUUGAAUUUUCCUCCUCCAUUAUCAAUUAAUGGCCAUAUAUUAAGUUCAGAGAUAGGGAAGAAAACUUUUACAGCUAAAAAUAAUAAGAAUAAAAUAAGCAAGCCGGAACUUUCAAACAACUUAAAAAAGCACUUUUUAGCGUUACCAUGCCGUGAAAACGAAAUCAUUGCUAAUUUCAUAUAUACUGUUAGAAAUGAAGAUCAGGACUUUAAGCUAUCUUUCAAAUAA